AUGCAGUUGAGCUGCUGGCUUGAAGAUUCAUCACCACCGAACUUUCGAAUCAAUGGCAACAAUGUACGUGCCUUUUGUCCGCCACCUAUGCCUUCGGCGGACGAUUUGUCGCUAGGGCAAGGCUGGCAGACCGACCAGCCAACCUGGAACUAUCGUGCAACUAGACUAUGUGCUAGUCAGAGUGGCCGCGCAGCUGGACCAGACAUUGCCAAUUCGCCACACGUCGACUUUGACAUACCUCCAUCUACUUUCACAGGCUCGCUGCUUUCUUCAGCGUACGCGCAACCCAUUAUGCCUGUCAAUGCGCUGGCUUCAGGAUACAGUCCAGCGUUCCGUGAGAAGACGCUGUCUGAAGCACACCAGCUCUAUGUUGAUUUAUUGACGGAUGCUUCGGUGAGACGAGCCAAUUUGGCAAAGCGGGAAAAUCGUAAGCCUGGCAGUCAUCGAGGCUUCGUCUAUCCUAAGCCCCCCAACCCCAUUGGGCUGAGCGCGAAUGGGACCCCCAAGAAAGAGGGCCCCGACGAUGGACGACGGAACGCCUCCGAGGCGUUGCCAAAAACUGGGCAGCUCUAUAACCGCCCACAGCCCCUGGCGGCAAGUCGUAACUUCAUUCCAAAGGGGUCAUUCGAAAGUACACCUCAAUCUGCGGCAAAAUUCAACCUUGAGAUACUCAGUGCGUUAUGUGAACAAAACAAUUGGCAAUGGCAAGAGGGAAUGCUGAUGGGUGGAUGCCUUCACUAUGGCCUCGGUAAUUUCGAGGAUGCAUUACAGUGGUAUUCGCAUAUCCUCGUGACAAACCCCCGUCAUGUUGUGGCAAUGACUAAUGCUGCGGCGGCGUCAUAUUGCUUGGGGCGAUACGACGACGCCGAGCAAUAUUGGUCAAGGUCCAUGACAAUGUGUCCCGAGUAUCUGGAAGCUACAGAGCACCUCGUCGGGUUGCUUUACAGGAAACGCAGCAGAGAAGCAAUUGAAGCCAUCACGUAUGUUCAAGAGUCGCUGAGGCUUGGACGCGGAAGACCAUCUUCCUGGACAGGACCCGGGAACAGUCUGUUAGGAGCUGGCUCUGGUGGUUACGGCUCAAGUGGAUACUCUAUACCAGGCAGCGAAAAUGGCAGGAUGCUGGCCUUGCUACACGCCAAAGGCACUAUGCUCUAUGGCAUGCAGGAAAUCGGUCGAGCAGCAGAGGCCUUUGAAGAAGCUGUGCUUAUCAGCACUGGGCAGCGCGCAAGCAAUGUGCAAGAACUUGUUCGGCGCAUACAACAAGUCUUGUCACCGCCAGGGAAGCAUGGUGAAUUGUCCACUAGUCAACCACCGCCGCUUUUAUUGGGACCAGCCGAAGCUCGAAAAACAGCACAAAUCCUUUUCGGCGGCCGGGGUGAGCUUCCUGGGCUUGCCCAUGUCAUCGAUGAAGGAUCUAGAUGGGCCGCAAGUCAGACGACGAGUAAUUCGCUCUUAUCUCUGGCUAAGAUCUUCCAGGAUUCCAUGGCAAACGACACACAGAGGAAAAGCCCCGAUUCGCGUAUCUUCAGCGUGGGCGACAUCCUGUCUUUGUACUACCUGUCGCUCUCGCUGCAAGAGAGUCCCUCUACAGCAAACAACGUUGGCAUACUGCUAGCUGGUGUGCAGAGCUCAGGAUGGCGCCAUCAGCUUUCACAAGAUGCUCAAGAAACAAUGAGGUCGACGAAGAUCCCUGGUAUCCUACCAGGGAGUGGGCUUGCGCUAGCUUUGGCGUACUAUCAGUAUGGUCUGCGUCUUGACCCGAAACAUGUUCACUUGCACACCAAUCUUGGCAGUCUUCUCAAAGACAUCGGCCAGCUUGACUUGGCGAUACAAAUGUACCAGCAAGCAGUCGCUUGUGAUGGGAACUUCGAUAUUGCGCUGACAAAUCUCGCCAAUGCUGUCAAAGAUCGAGGGCGCAUUAAGGAUGCCAUUACAUACUACAGAAGGGCGGUCCAGGCUAAUCCGACCUUCUCCGAGGCCGUCUGUGGGCUUCUCACAGCACUGAAUUCGGUCUGCGACUGGAAAGGGCGCGGCGGGGUCUUUCUCGACUUCGGUCGAUUCGAUCGAUGGCAUGUAGACGACUCGGGAGCUCUGGUGGACGCUAGAUCUCGUGGUCGGGGCAGUGGAGUGACUCAACGUGUGGUCAAUAUCGUGGCUCACCAACUUGAAGAGGCAUCUCACUGGGGCAAACAUACACUCCGCGAGGACAUGAUUUGGUCAAUGUCGACGUACCUUGCGCAACUCUGUCAAAACCAGGGCGAGCAACUUGCAGCCUGGUUGCGAGCCUGGAAAGGUCAGUCUUGGGAAGGUUGUCGCCUGGUCCGCCUCGUGGAGCGCGCCACCCGUGUUGCUGUCCGUAACAGCUAUCUGGCACAGAUCGAGUUCGGUACAUCGCCACCAGCCGACCUGCGCAUGCCGUUACCACCGGGGCUGACUGUGCCGUCAGCGCCGACAAUACUUCCGUUCCACACAUUCACGUGUCCGCUAAGCGCAAAGGACGUGCGAGCGAUAUCUCAGCGAAACGCACACCGUACCAGCUGUUUAACAUUGAAGUCAUCUUGGCUGCCAGCUUCUCUGCCAAGGCCGCCGACGCCACCAGCACAUCACCUGAAUGUUGGCUAUAUCUCCUCAGAUUUCAAUAACCAUCCUCUGGCGCAUUUGAUGCAGUCCGUGUUCGGGUUUCACGAUACGCGACGCGUGCGCGCACACUGCUAUGCGACAAGCCCCAGCGACAAAUCGUUGUAUCGGCAGAAAAUUGAAAAAGAGGCUCCUGUCUUCCGUGACGUUAGUGAUUGGGCUUCUGCUUCUGUUGUCCGUCAGAUCCUGGAAGAUAACAUACACAUACUUGUGAACCUGAAUGGGUACACAAGAGGCGCGCGCAACGAUAUUUUCGCUGCUAGGCCAGCUCCAAUCCAGAUGUCAUUCAUGGGGUUCGCAGGGACUCUCGGCGCUGAAUGGUGCGACUACAUCUUAGCGGAUCAUAUCACUGUACCGCCUGGCACACUUCGGCCUUGGAGAAACAACUUGAGCAUCGACGACCUGUUCCAAGAUAGAAAUGAAGAAGAUGACGGCGAUUGGGUGUACUCGGAGAAUGUCGUCUACUGCAAGGAGACUUUCUUUUGCUGCGACCAUGCGCAGUCAAGCGAGCCGGGUGAGCGCGAAGUUUCAUGGGCCACAGAGCAAGAGCGCAGGUGGCAGAUGCGCAAGUCAUUGUUUCCAUCUCUGCCCGAUGAAGCUAUCAUCUUGGGCAAUUUCAACCAGUUGUACAAGAUUGAGCCAACGACCUUCCGCACAUGGUUGCGCAUUUUGGCUGGUGUCCCACGAGCUGUGCUGUGGCUCCUUCGAUUUCCCGACUUGGGUGAGGCCAACCUUCUUGAGACAGCCAAGGCCUGGGCUGGUGACGAGGUUACUAGCCGCCUCAUUUUCACCGACGUGGCGCCAAAGAACCAACACAUUGCACGAGCGCGCGUAUGCGAUCUGUUCCUCGAUACCCCAGAGUGCAACGCUCAUACAACGGCGGCGGACGUAUUGUGGUCCAGUACGCCGUUGCUCACGCUUCCGCGAUAUCCUUACAAGAUGUGCUCGCGCAUGGCCGCAUCUAUACUCAAGGGUGCCCUUCCCAGAUCCGCGGAAGGCGAACGAAUCGCUGCUACACUCAUAGCGAAUACCGAGACUGAGUACGAGCAAACAGCCAUUGCUCUUGGGAAUGGACUGACGUACCAUUUCGAGAAUGGCCUUUAUGGUGAAGGCCGCGGUCCACUCAUGGACAUGCGGCGAAUCUUGUUUGAAAGUAAGUGGGCAUGCCCGCUAUUCGACACGCGCCGCUGGGUCAGCAAUGUCGAGAGCGCUUACGAGGUGGCGUGGCGGAGAUGGGUCGAUGGUCAAGGUGGUGAUAUCUUUCUGUGA